AUGUCUACCUCAGGAACCAUGCGCGCCGUUGUCUUCAACGGACCGCGAUCUGUAUCCGUCGAGCAACGCCCCAUCCCUACCGUCCAAGACGAUGGCGACGUAAUCGUCAAGGUGCAGGCAACGGCUCUGUGCGGCUCAGAACUGCAUGUUUUCCGCGGCCACCAGCCAUCCGAGACAGGCUUCAUCAUGGGCCAUGAGUUCACCGGUACGGUCAUUGAAAAAGGCGCCGCUGUGACCUCCUUGAACAUUGGUGACAGGGUUGUCUCUCCCUUCACCUCGUCGUGCAAGCUCUUUGGCUGCGGUGCGCUGGAUGGCGGUCAGGCCGAAUACGUGCGUAUCCCUGAUGCCGACGGAACCGCCAUGAAGGCUCCAACCACCAUCUCCGACAAUGCUCUGGUUCUCAUGGCCGACAUCUUCCCAACCGGCUUCUUCGGCGCCAAAUCUGGCUUCAACUUGCUCAAGGAAGAAGAGAGAUCAAACGCCACCGCCGUUGUCAUUGGUUGCGGACCCGUCGGCCUUUGUGCCGUGAUUUCGGCGCUCGAGUACCGUCCCAAGCAUCUUUUUGCCAUUGACAGCGUAGACAGUCGCCUAGAGCUUGCUAGAGGCCUCGGAGCCGAGCCCUUGAACUUCAAGACUGAUCGUGCAGGCAUGGAGAAGCGGAUCAAGGAGGUGACUGAUGGCCGCGGAGCUGAUGUCGUUAUUGAGGUUGUCGGUCUGAGCCCAGCUCUUAGAGCUGCCUUCGACAUCAUCAGGCCAUUUGGUGUCAUUGCUAGCAUUGGCGUCCAUAAUGGCGAGAUUCCAUGGACCGGUACCGAAGCGUAUGGCAAGAACCUAAGGCUGCAGAUGGGUCGAUGUCCUGUCCGGGCCAUCUUCCCCGAGGCUCUCGCCCUCUUGGAGAAGAAGCAGGACAAACUUGGGUUUAUGUUCGACCGCAUUAUGCCAUUGAGCGAGGCGGUUGAGGGAUAUGCAUUGUUCGAUCAGAUGAAGGUCCAGAAAGUUAUUUUCACUCCUUGA